CUCGUUCCUUCAUGGUAUGCCUCGUUAGUUUGUGUUGUAGAAUUGCUCUGUCUCAUCCACCAGCGCUCAGCAUCGGCAACACGGAAGUCAUCACUUUAUCAUGCAGUUACAUAUGCAUGCUGUAAUAUCAGCACAUUUUGGCCCAUGAUAUCAUCCGCGUCCGCCCGGCGUUGACUGGUCCAACGUGUUAACAUGGAAAGCAACACCGACGUUUAACAUGGAAAUAUCUGCCCACUCCGUUGUGGUUUUGGCUCUUUCAAGGUCCUAAAAAUAGGUGAAAACAUAAAAUAAGAUUGACUUGACCUUUUCAACGUCAUUACGCAUCAUUGUGCUCAAUAGAACCCACAAGCAAUGAAUCAGUGGGUCCUCCAUUCCUUGACUUGGCAUCCACUAGGCUCGUGCCAGCCUUAUCUUCCCGUGGGAGACGGCAAAUGCACCAAAUGUUGGAGACCUUCGAAUGGUUUGAGCAAUUGGCCACUGCCAAAUACCUCUUCAAGUAAAUGUCUUCUUCCACCCUUUCAAAUAUCUUAAAUCAAUUCAGUUUUAGGUAGAUAUCAUUAUCUUUUUUGAACCUUACUUUUAUCACUAGUUCAAUCCAACUGCAACUCGUUCCUUCAUGGUAUGCCUCGUUAGUUUGUGUUGUAGAAUUGCUCUGUCUCUUCCACCAGCGCUCAGCAUCGGUAACACGGAAGUCAUCACUUUAUCAUGAAGUCACAAAUGCAUCUUCAGUACUUGCUUCUACUCCUUAUGCUCCCACUUUGCAGCUCCACUGACACCAUAACUCCCAACCAACCCUUCAGAGAUGGUGACCUUCGAGUCUCUAAACAGUCCAGGUUCGCUCUUGGCUUCUUCAGUCCACGGAAUUCUACACUCCGAUAUAUUGGAGUUUGGUACAACACAAUUCGUGAACAAACCGUUGUAUGGGUUCUUAACAGAGACGAUCCUAUCAACGAUACCUCCGGAGUCCUCUCCAUCAACACUUCUGGAAACCUCCUUCUGCACCGCGGAAACACUCAUGUAUGGUCCACAAACGUUUCCAUCUCAUCAGUGAACCCUACUGUGGCUCAGCUGUUAGAUACCGGAAACCUAGUCUUGAUCCAUAACGGUGACAAGAGGGUUGUGUGGCAAGGCUUUGAUUAUCCCACAGAUAGUUGGCUUCCCUACAUGAAACUCGGACUGAAUCGGAGAACCGGUUUCAACAGGUUCCUAACUUCUUGGAAGUCCCCAACCGACCCAGGAACCGGGAAAUACUCGCUUGGAUUUAACGUCAGUGGGUCUCCUCAAAUAUUUUUGUACCAGGGUUCAGAGCCGCUAUGGAGAACCGGUAACUGGAACGGGCUCCGGUGGAGCGGUCUGCCGGUGAUGAAGUACAUAAUCCAACACAAAAUUAUCUUUUUGAACAAUCAAGAUGAAAUCUCUGAGAUGUUUACUAUGGCCAACGCGUCGUUUCUCGAGCGGGUGACGGUGGACCACGAUGGAUAUCUCCAGCGGAACAUGUGGCAGGAAAGGGAAGACAAAUGGUUCAGCUUCUACACAGCCCCAAGGGACAGGUGCGACAGGUACGGCCUGUGCGGACCCAACAGCAACUGCGACGACAGCCAGGCCGAGUUUGAGUGCACGUGCCUGGCGGGGUUCGAGCCCAAGUCGCCACGUGACUGGUUCUUGAAAGACGGCUCAGCGGGAUGUCUGAGGAAGGAAGGAGCGAAGGUGUGCGGGAACGGGGAAGGGUUUGUGAAGGUGGGACGUGCGAAGCCCCCAGAUACAUCGGUGGCACGUGUGAACAUGAACAUCAGCAUGGAAGCGUGUAGAGAGGAGUGCCUGAAGGAGUGUUCUUGCAGUGGAUACGCGGCUGCAAAUGUGAGUGGAAGUGGGAGUGGGUGCUUGUCUUGGCAUGGGGAUUUGGUGGAUACAAGAGUGUUUCCUGAAGGGGGCCAAGAUUUAUAUGUGCGUGUGGAUGCCAUCACUCUAGCUGAAAAUCAAAAGCAGUCAAAAGGUUUCCUUGCGAAAAAGGGGAUGAUGGCAGUUUUGGUGGUGGGGGCUGCUGUAAUUAUGGUUCUCUUGGUCUCCUCAUUUUGGUUCUUAAGGAAGAAGAUGAAAGGGAGAGGAAGACAAAACAAAAUGUUGUAUAAUUCGAGACCUGGUGCUACAUGGCUGCAAGACUCUCUAGGAGCUAAGGAGCAUGAUGAAAGUACAACCAAUUCUGAAUUACAAUUCUUUGAUCUGAACACCAUAGUUGCAGCCACAAAUAAUUUCUCUUUUGAGAACGAACUUGGACGUGGUGGUUUUGGCUCAGUUUAUAAGGGUCAACUAUAUAAUGGACAAGAAAUAGCUGUGAAAAAAUUAUCAAAGGAUUCAGGACAAGGAAAAGAAGAAUUUAAGAAUGAAGUCACGCUUAUUGCAAAACUCCAACACGUGAAUCUUGUGAGGCUUUUGGGUUGUUGCAUUCAAGAAGAAGAGAAGAUGUUAGUCUAUGAGUACUUGCCAAACAAAAGUUUAGACUCUUUCAUUUUUGAUGAAACAAAGAGGUCAUUGUUAGAUUGGAGGAAACGCUUUGAAAUUAUUGUCGGAAUUGCUCGAGGAAUCUUAUAUCUUCAUGAGGACUCUAGAUUAAGAAUCAUACACAGAGAUCUAAAAGCAAGCAAUGUUCUACUAGAUGCCGAAAUGCUUCCAAAAAUUUCAGAUUUUGGCUUGGCUAGAAUAUUUGGAGGAAAUCAAAUGGAAGGAAACACAAAUCGAGUAGUUGGAACAUAUGGUUACAUGUCACCUGAGUAUGCGAUGGAAGGGUUAUUUUCAACAAAAUCCGAUGUUUAUAGCUUCGGAGUUUUGUUGUUAGAGAUUAUUACUGGGAGAAAAAAUAGCACUCACUAUCGAGACAACCCAUCCAUGAACUUAGUUGGAAAUGUUUGGAACCUAUGGGAAGAAGACAAAGCCUUGGAUAUAAUUGAUUCGUCACUAGAAAAGUCAUAUCCUACAGAUGAAGUAUUGAGAUGCAUCCAAAUUGGGCUCUUGUGUGUGCAAGAAUCUGCAAUUGAUCGACCUACCAUGUUGACAAUUAUUUUCAUGUUGGGUAACAACUCUGCUCUUCCUUUUCCUAAACGGCCUACAUUUAUUUCAAAAACAACUCACAAGAGUCAAGAUUUAUCAUCCUCUGGUGAACGACUUUUAUCUGGAAAUAAUGUGACCUUGACUUUGCUUCAACCUCGUUAAAUGCUUACACUCUCACAUGUUGUAUGUUUAUCCUUGAUGACAAUGAAUUGUAUACACGAUAUCACUAAGUGAACAUGACCUUCUGAUUUAAUGAUCAUAGUUAGAUAAUUAACCAA